AUGGCGAAAGACAACCCCAAGACCCAGCCGAAGAAGACGACGGCGUCCAAGAAGUCCCGGUCGGCGAUUGGAGAUGUCGUCGCGCGCGAGUACACCAUCCAUCUGCACAAGCGAGUUCACGGCGUCAGCUUCAAGAAGCGAGCGCCCCGCGCAAUCAAGGAGAUCCGAAGAUUCGCGACACAGGCUAUGGGAACCAACGACGUGCGCCUCGACCCCCAACUGAACAAGAAGGUGUGGGAGUCCGGCAUCAAGGGUGUCCCCUUCCGCCUCCGGGUCCGCAUAUCGCGGAAGAGAAACGACGAGGAAGGCGCCACGGAGAAGCUGUACUCGUACGUCCAGGCCGUGAACGUCAAGGAGCGGGAAGCCAAGGGUCUGCAGACCGUCGUUGUUGAGGACUCGUAG